AUGAACACAGCCAAUCUAACGUGCGACUUUUUGGACAUUCAGUUGGACCAAACGAAUGUAACGUUAACAGACAAAAUUAUAACAUGUUUCCUCAAUUCAGUGUUUUCAAUCGCAGCAUGUAUUGGAAAUGCUGUUAUUCUACUUGUGAUUCGGAAGACGCAAGAACUUCAUUCGCCAUCGUUCUUCCUUCUGUUUUGCUUGGCUGCUUCAGAUCUCCUCGUUGGACUGAUUUGUCAGCCAUCUUUCGUAGGACUCAAGAUAGCUGAACUUGGAAAUGACUCAAAUGUGUACUGUACCUUGGCAAUAAUUCAGGCCAUAUCCAGUUGGACAACCUCUGGCGCUUCUUUGUUAACUUUAAGCGCAGUGUCAAUCGAUCGGCUUCUCGCUGUAAUCCUACAUCUACGAUAUAACACGAUUGUCACUGUUCCUCGCGUCUUUCAAACUGUUGUUUGCCUGUGGGUGUUUUCAAUAAUUGUCGUAAUGCUGAGAUUUUGGAUAAAAAACUGGCUUGUAUUUCCGCUGGUGAUAACACUUUUAACAUUUUCUGUUACGACCUUGAGUACCUUAAAGAUAUUUCAAAUCGUUCGGAGGCAUCAGCGCCAGAUAACACAGCAACAGGAGAGUGUUCAAAGUAACACGAUAAACGUGCUCAAAUGAAGAAAAUCUGCUGUGACUGUCCUUUAUGUUUACGGUUUGUUCGUGAUAUCCUAUCUUCCAGUUUUUGUAAUUAUGCUUAUACAAACAUUUGCUGGAGUCACCAAAACAACGAAGAUUGCCUUUAAUUACGUAGCGACUGCGGUUUUUAUCAACUCUUUCUUGAACCCAGUUGUGUAUUGUAGGAGAAUCAGAGAGAUAAGACGAGCUGUUAAGAACGUAUUAAGGAUAAACCAGAAUGAGGUUACCCCUCUGGAAAGUACAACAAUUUCAAGGCACUAGUUCUCGGACUUCAAAUGUGUUGCUCUGCGUAAGUAGUAUAGUUAAAUUCGAGCUGUUAAAAGCCUUAUACUGUGGAAAAGCCAAGAGGAAAACACCAUACACGGCAUAUCUGCCCGUGUUUGCUACAUCAGUGGGCAGUUUUCAUUUUCUAAGUGUUUUGAUAGUAUAGUCAGCAAAAUUACGAAAGCUGAACAAUUUUUUUCAAAUAGUGCCUCGUUGCCAUAAGUCUUCAUAGUAGACUCCUUAUGUGUAGAUGGCAUGAAAGCUUCGUGUACAUCAUUCGAGGUUUUCUCAAAGUUAUUUACUAUUCGGUUUUCCUUUUUUCUUCAUUUGUC